AAAGUAGAUGCUGUAGCUACAAUUCGAGAAGGAUACUUAAUUCACGAUGGACUCACACGAGAAUUCUGGGACGAGAGCCCAUUACGAAAAGAAGUUGAUUUUAGAAAGAGGAAGUUAAAUUCAGAGCUGAGCAAAUGCUGUUUCUCAAGUCGAGGCCGAACAAAGUCUGUUUGACCACACUAAUCAAACAUUUCUGUUAGCUUCCGUAUGACACGAUAGCAGGCUUUAACCUAACUUCCGUGUUACGCUGGCUGAAUACAGGAGCAACACGUACAAGUGCACACCACCAUGCAGCCGAUUCCUGAAGAUUUAACUGCUCUCAUUUCAGAUUUGGAGUCUUUUUUGUCCGAUGGACUUAAAGGAGAAACCUUGAGCAAGAAGGCGAAAGAAAAACGAGAUUUAUUUCUCAAACGGAUUAAAGAGGCCAAAUUGAGUUACCCUCAUGACUUUAAGGAAAAACGAGACACAGAGGAUUCAGACGAGGUGGACGAAGGGGACAGCAACAACGAUGGAGGGUCACUGCACUCGGAGCGCACGGACAAGGAUGAGGACACCCCUUAUGAUGGUGUUCAGCAAUCUCCACCCAUACCUGCCCAGGAUCUUGUAUCUGUAUUCAAGGCUGGAUACUUGGAGAAGCGUAGGAAAGAUCACAGCUUCUUUGGAACAGAGUGGCAGAAGAGGUGGUGUGCCCUUAGCAACCGAACAUUCUAUUACUACGGGAGUGAGAAAGAUAAACAGCAAAAGGGGGAGUUCUGCAUUGAUGGUUAUGAGGUGAAAAUGAACAGCACGCUGCGUAAAGAUACUAAGAAAGAUUGCUGUUUUGAGAUCUGUGCUCCAGACAAGCGUGUAUAUCAGUUUGCGGCUGCCUCGCCGAGAGAUGCAGAGGAGUGGGUGGAGCAGAUCCGCUUUGUUCUGAGAGACAUGGAGUCGGGGCUUAUCCCUGAGGAUGAGGAUGAGCAGGAGACCUACGAUGACAUCGGUGUUCCAGAGGAGCGGCCCUCGCUCCACACCCCCACCCCUACCCCCUCACACUCGGAACCCGUGGACGAUGACAUCUACGAGGAGCUCCCAGACGAAGACCUGCCUAAUCCUCCAAAGACAACAGUGGAGGCAGUGAGCAAACCCCCCUCUCCCGCCGUGACAGUAAACAAGAGCACCGACUACAAGAACUACUACCAGGGUAUGUGGGAUUGCACCGGAGACCAGUCCGAUGAGCUGUCUUUCAAACGCGGAGACGCCAUCUACGUUCUGAGCAAGGAGUACCAGAACUUCGGCUGGUGGGUGGGUGAGAUGAACGGCUCCAUCGGCAUCGUGCCCAAAGAUUACCUCACGGAGAUGUACGCUAUAUAAGAGACGUGAGGGCCAUCUGGAUCCCUUCCUAUGUCUUGAACUGCUGGUAAAUGGAUUUUGGAGAUAAGAAUGGUACAGUGGUACGGAUCUGUAUUUUAGCGUAGCUUCUUUGUUCAACAAAACCUGUGCACUUGUUUUCUACUGAACCAAAAUAUGCACGAAAAUUAUGAAUUAUAUCAGCUGAUCCAAAACAGAACUUUCAAGGUGAUUUCACCAAUACAUGUUGAGUAUUAAAUAAAAAUGAUUGUCAGAUAUGUUUCAUUGCUUUUAAUUUAUUUGUAAUUCCUGCUUUGUGGACUGUAAUAUUAUACAUGUUUUCCAUUGCUUUACUGAUAUAUGAAUUCUGUGAAUUAUUUCCUACUAUAAAGUCAGCGAGAGAUCAGACAGUGGGGUGCUUAGAUGUAACACAGCCUGAGAUCGUUAAUGCUUUAUGGGUGUUGGCAGCCUGGGGUAUGAUGUUAAAGAUACCAGUAGAUGCCAGUAGAUGGCAGCAAAUGUCCAGUGCAGUUAUUUGUGGGUUUUAGUUAUAGGUUACUACUAAUUUACUCUUUCAUAUCUAACAUGAUUUCUAAAUAAAAGUUUUUGCCAA